UUUCUCUCUCUCUCUCUCUCUCUCUCUCUCUCUCUCUCUCUUUAUCAAUCUCUUUCUCUGUCUACUACUAUUACUAUUACUACUACUACUACUACUACUACUACUACUACUACUUACUACAAAGAACUUCGACGAACCACAUCUACAACCACACACAAUGACAAAGAUAACAAAUGCUUUGGCCUGCUUCCUGGCCCUGUCCAUCUGCACAACUACCACUUCCCUUCCUAUCGGCAAUCCAAGAUCAUCACCUCAAUCCAAAUCAGUAGAUUCCACAUCCACAUCCGGUUCUCCCUCCAACACUCCCUUCCAUACAAUCUCUCGUCCCAUCACCAUCAAAGUCGAUCUCAACACCGAAGAUCCCUCCCCUCUUGCUCGCCUGGUCGAAAAAGUAGAACAACAAGAACAAUACUAUCGUCAACAGCGACUCCAUCCACGUCAAACCCCACAGGGUGAAGAGUUUGCUCGUCUCCAAAAGGAACAAGAUGAGCUCGAAAAGGUGGAGCAGGAUCGCGAUCAGUUGUUGGAUAACCAAGAGGAAGAACAACUCGAUCAAGAUCCCGAGGCCGUCAGGAGACGACAGGAAGAAUCCAUGGGUCUUUGGAUGACCGAUUCAGAGUUCGAGACCCUGAACCAAGAAGAACCCUCGAACGAUGAAUCGGCCAACACAGAUUCUCAUGAGAGCAUCCUGCUCAACAAAGGUGCUCACUUUGACUUGUAUGCCGAAGAUUUACAGGAGGUCCCUCUUGAAGAACAAAAUGAAAACCAGCCAUCCAUCUCCAGAGCUCGGUCUUUGAUCGUCGAGAGCGAACAACCGACAGAGGAGGAAAUGCUUGCCUGGCCCAUCGUCAAUCUCUCUCAGUUUGAAGAUCGUCAGGAUGAGGUCCAAGACGAAUAUGAUGAUCAAGCCUAUUAAUACUACUACAACAACAACAACAACAACAACAGAAAACCUUACCUGGGCUUUCCUUCCUCUGCCUUCCCCCUUGCUUUUUUUUUUUUUUUUCUUUACUUAUUUU